AUGUGUAUCAUAACCAUCUGCAAGAUCUUCCGGUGCUGGCACCUCGAGCCCAUCUUCCAUGUCGAACGCUGCUCGAAAGCCAUCCUCACUCACAUCCACUACUGCAACCGCGAAUGCACACCGCCAGUGCUAGUUGAGUUAGAGCCCAGCCGGCCAGAUUCAAUCUCGAACUCAGGGUCCAAUUCCAACAGCAGCUCAGCCUCGCAUCGAGCCAUAACUCCAAAUUCCGUAUCCCAUCCCAACUCGCUCUCACUACCCACCCACCCUUCCUCUACAACCCCAAUCCCAAUCCUAGAUUCCACUCACAACCCAUCCCGCGACCCUCUAAAUGAGCCCUACAUCUCUCUCUUCCGCAGCCUCCCACAUUUCAUCCAAUCCUUCUCCCCCGACCCCGACAUCGACCCCCGUCCUCAGAUUUACACUUCACCCUACCACGACCCCCGCAACAACCUUUCUUCCUCCACCUCUUCCUCAUUCACCCACCUCAUCUCCCCAGACUGGCUCUUGGAUAUUGACUCGUGCGAUGCAUUCGGAUCAGAUCAACGCUCGUCCCAUUCGAGAGCGGGUCGCCCGGUCGGCGCGCAAAGGCCGACUAUGAACGUUUCUUCGAGGACACGCGGGUGGAUAUGGAGGUAUUGGAUCUGA